UUUCCGGUUAUUUUUUUAGGACCGGCUAGCGCUGCGAAGUUCAACAGUCAUGGGGAAGAAGUCGAAUCCCGUCAAAGAUUUUAUCUCAGGGGGUGCUGGGGGAGUAUGCUGCGUUUUUGCAGGCCACCCUCUUGACACGAUAAAGGUGCGAGUACAGACCAUGCCCAAGCCAGCACCAGGAGAGAGCCCACUUUACAAGGGAACGAUGGAUUGUGCUAUGAAGACUAUACAUAAAGAGGGAUUUUUGGGACUCUAUAAAGGUAUGGCUGCACCUUUGAUGGGGGUGGCUCCGAUGUUUGCCAUCUGUUUCUUUGGCUUUGGUGUCGGCAAAAGUCUACAGCAAAAGAAGCCUGGUGACUCUCUUUCGUAUUUUCAAAUCUUCAUGGCUGGAGGAUUGGCCGGAGUAUUCACCACAGGGAUCAUGACCCCUGGGGAGAGGAUCAAGUGUCUUCUCCAGAUCCAGGCUGAUUCAAAGGUGAAGAAAUAUGCUGGUCCCCUAGAUUGUGCCAAGCAGCUAUACAGGGAAGGUGGAAUCCGCAGUGUCUAUAAGGGUACUGCAGCAACUCUCCUCAGAGACAUACCAGCCAGUGGAAUGUAUUUCAUGAGCUAUGAGUAUCUACAACACACACUAACUCCUAAGGGAGGAAGCCGUGAUGACCUGAGUGUCGGACGUACCUUGAUCGCAGGGGGUGUUGCAGGAAUUUGUAACUGGGGAGUGUGUCUCCCAGCUGAUGUCCUGAAAUCCAGGCUACAGACAGCCCCGGCUGGCACAUACCCCAAUGGUAUACGUGACGUGUACAAACAGCUGAUGAGGGAAGAGGGCUUUUUGUCAUUGUACAAAGGUUUUACACCGGUCAUGCUCCGAGCAUUCCCAGCCAACGCUGCCUGUUUCCUUGGAUACGAGGUGACAAUGAAGGCUCUCAACUGGCUGUCUCCUGAGAAUUGAUGCCUGUUACUUACAUAGACUGCCUGUGUCUGAAAAUGUAUUACUGUACUAGGUACAAUUGUGUCUGUUACCUUUAGCCUCUUAAGAAAAAUGUGUUGAGGUUCGAGGUAGGUGUAACCAGUGUCCUUUGAAAUCUAGUUGGAAAUCUCAGGGCUGUGAUAUUUAGAUUGUAUUUGAGAGCAUGCGAUAGUCCUGUACAUACAUUGUACAGACUGUGAAAUUGUUUUUGUAGGAAUUGUGAUGCCUUAUACCAUGUACUUUAUACCUGAAAGGUUACUGGUGUGAUUCACUUAGAAAUUCAUUUCUUUUUUUUAAUAUAUAUUUACUUUUGUUACAGAACGAUUGAAAAACAAUAUAUGCAGUUUGCAAAAAAUAUGCCAAUUUGAGUUUCCCUAUUGCACCUGAAUUAAAUCUUUAAGAGUUAUUCUUCUAUCCACUGAUUAUGAUGCACAAUGCAUCUCAAUCCUUUUUGUUUAGUUACCAAAUUUGAUUGUUGAUUCACCGACAUCCUGUCUUAUCAGCAUACCUGUUAUAGAAAACGCAUUUAUAACAUUAUUCAAGAGUCAUUUGAACUUAUUAUGAUGGUAAACUUGCUUCAAAAAGCUGCUGUUUGGUAUACUUGCUUCAAAAACUGCUGUUUGGUAUUCAAGCUUCAAAAAGCUUUGGUUUGAUAAAUUUUCCUCUUGUUUAUUUUUGAUUACCAGGUAAAAGUUUUAUUGUAUACAAAUUAUGGCUGCAUAUUCAGAAGUACAUCAGAUUUGAUAAGUAAAUUUCAGUAUGAAAGUGAUUUGUACAAGAUUCCAAACUCUAUUAUACUAAAUUUUCAUGAUAGAGUCCAUAUAGAGGGAAAGAAAUAAAUGUUUUAUUUUGUUAUUGAGUAUGUCUAUUUAACAUAUCAACAGAAGUAGAUUCUCACCUCUCUACCUCCUCCAUACUCUAGAGGUUACAUCCACUUUCACUCUUUUCAUGUGGCUCCUGGUGUGUCAAGGAUGACUUAUAUAAAAAGGUUAUGUAUAUAAUACUUCAACUUUUUCCGAGGUCAGGUGAUUGUGUUAAACAUGUUUACAAGUGGCCUCCAUCUUUGUAUGACUUAAGUAGUUGCAAGGAAGUGUUUUUUAUCUGUAAUUUAUAAAAUAAAUUCUGGAUGAAUAGCUCAAACCUUCCUGAGACCUAGAAGACGAACUUUUUCCUAAACUACACUAAAUGGACGUUGGUUCUUUGGGGAUUUCCCCACUUUGUGAUUCUUCUAAGACUAGCUUAGCCUCGAUGUUUUUAGUGAAUUGUCAUUGUCACAGGGAUUUGACACGUUGUUAUGGGAUACUAAUACAUUUGUACCACAUCAAUAUUAUAAUAUUCAUAAUUAUUCUAUCUGUCCCCUGUUCAUACCAAAACUAUACAAAUAAUUUAAUGAUGAUUAGUUUUUGCCUGAGCUCAAGUUAUUUUUUUUCUUUUGUGUUGAUGUUGUGAACAUAUUUAGCAAUUUGUUUCAAUUAUAAUUACAUUUCAUAUUGUAAUCAGAUUUAAUAAAUUAUUUUUGAACACAAUG